AUUGCUGAAACCGCAAGUGAGCCUAGCGAAAGUUUGAGUGCAGUUGACCAACUUGCGAAUGUCAUGCGUGAUGUUUUGACUCAACUGGGAAGUCAAAGUCAGAGACCAUCUACCUCAACUGGUUUUAAGGGUGAUGCCGUCCCUUAUUUUGAUCCAGAGGACAAUCAGCAAGAUGUGGUUGUAUGGUGUAAUAAGAUUGACGAAUUAAGAAUGGUAUUUCAUUGGCCGGAGGAUGCGACAAUUUAUUAUGCCUUAGCAAAACUACGGGGGUUAGCCGAAACAUGGUACCGUAGUCUUAAAUCUGUAAACUAUUCUUGGGUAGAAUGGAAAGAAAAACUACAGCAUGCUUUUCCCACCGCUAGAGAUUAUGCUGAUAGACUGGAUGAAAUGAUGAAACGAAAGAAAAGUUACAAUGAAUCUUAUACACGUUAUUAUUUUGAGAAGUUAUCGUUGAUCAAUAACUGUGGGAAUAUACAUGGCACCGACGCCGUUUCAUGCAUUAUACAGGGUCUUCAAGAUGACCAUGUUAAAACAUCUGCUCGUGCUGGAAGUUAUGCUGAGCCUGAACAAUUAUUUACCUAUCUCCGAACAUUAAAGCAGACCAGUGGUCCAACUAAAGAUUCUAGAUGCGAUAAUAGAAAGUUUUUCCAUGACAGAAGAGGACAAAAAUCAAAUAGAGCAUCUGGUUCGACUGAACUGAAAUGUUUUACAUGUGGAAAAACUGGCCAUAAAGCUUUCCAUUGUAAGACGACUAGUACCAUAACCACCAAAGUCUGUAGCUUCUGCCAUAAGAGAGGGCAUGAAGAGAAUAGGUGCUUUGCCAAACCACAUGCGAGACCAACAACAUCUAAGGAAUCUACGUUAUGACUAGAUUCCAUACCCAUUGACACGAAUGCAAAAUAUUUUAAAGAUGGUGCCAUAAAUGACGUUCCUAUUAAA